AUCGGGAACCAUUAGAUACCAUUAGUGCUCCAUUACAGACCAUCAAUGUGACAUUAGACGGCACUGAAAACGCGGCGAUUUUGGUCAGAACACACGGUAGAGACUUUAAAGUGUGUGGGCAUGGUGGGGGUGGUGAAUGAAAUGUGUGUGAAGGUGGUGUUUUUGUAGAAAGCGCAGUUAGACGGAUGACUGGGAUACAAAGAGCAGAGACUUGUUCCUGGUGCAGCUGCACGCGCUGAUGUUCCGCUACUAGACUAUUUAAGGUUGCGUUAUCAAACCCGACGGAAGAUCUGCUUUAUUACACUUUAAGAUGUCGCGUCGAAAGCAGACAAAGCCGAGUCCUCUGGAAGAUCAUGAAAUGGACCUUGAAAUUUCAAGACUUCCAGCUCCCUGCAUGGAAAAUGAGGAGGAAGAAAGAUUGCUGCUGGAUGAUUGCGAGUAUCACGGUGAAAGCACUGAGCAAGAAAAGAAGAGCACAGUAGAGUCACCGAAAAUGUCUCUGCUGGAUCUCAUGAAGAGACAGAUCACUGUGAAGAGACAGAGGGAUUUCUUGGACAGUGAUGACGAGUCUGUUGUUUCUUAUAAACUUUACCAGGAACUUCAGGAUAGUUACGUGACGCUGAAAAAACGUCUCAGAGAGAAGGACGUUAUCAUUGCGGAAAAAGACGCGGCAAUCAGAAAGCUGAGCGAAAAGUGCAGAAGGAUGACGGUGGAGCUGGACAAGAUCAGACAAUUGAACAUUUGCCUUCAAGAACAGCUUUUUUUAAAAGAAGAAGGGGCCGUCACAGGGUCGCAGCCACAACAUAUGAUUCACACAGAAAACACAGAAUGUUUCUAUGAGCCCUAUGAGCAUGUAUUGGUUCCUAAAGUGAAGGAACUUAAAGAACCCCCACCUGAGGAUUUCACAGAGAAGGAUUUCGGGAGGGUGGACCUUGGACAUGGGGUGCUUUUGGACAGACAGAAAUGGAAGGCCAUCCAAAGAAUGGAUUCUCAUUCUAAGUUUUGUAAGUCGUUGGCUGUGGCCAUUUGGGGUCUUGAGACGCUAAAGGAGAGGAGUGUGACCGGGUCCAAAUCGAAUGCCAUCAAAGGGUCUGUGGCCAAGCCUCCAUUAUCACCGGAGAAAGUUGGUGUCAUUAGAGAGUGCCUGAAGGAGCGACUACAGCAGCGUGGCUAUCAGAAGGAGGAAGUCGAUGGGCAGCUGCGAUUGGUUCGACGAUUUCUCUCUGAGAAAAUUUGUGACAUUAAAAGGAAAGUCAGUAUAAAUUUAGAGGGUACCAGUCCUUCCACCAGUUCACAAGUUUCUCAGACCUAAAGAUUUUCUACACAUUUUACUACCAGGUGCUACAAGAUCUACAACAGCAAAGGACUGUGAAUUACUGUAAUGGGGAAAAAAUAUUCUUUUAUUAAUUAGGAAAAAAAUGUAAUUUUAUUUCCAAUUAUGGGACGGUUAUUAUGACAUGUAAUGCUCAUUAAAUCACAAGGCUGUUGGAUUCUCAAGCCUAAUUGGUCAUCAGAUGAUUCAUUUUGUAUAGCAGCAGACAGAGACAGUCUGUAAUACAUGUCAUUGCUUUAUAGGCAUCUUUUCUGUAUUUUAAAAAAUUAUUAAUAAAUAAUUAAAAAUAAACAAUCCAUCAUAAUCUAUGGCUUUUAAAAAAGUUCAUUUGUUCUAUAACAGCUGUAAAUGGAUUAAUGUUCAAUAAUUUUGAUGGUCAAUCAAAGAGAAAUAAAACAUCUUGUUUUAAAGUAAUGAGCUGUAACACAUCACACAGGGUGCAGUUGUUAAUUCAUUUCCUAUAAGAAUACAGUAUGUGGUGUUUGAUUUCUGACAUUUAUUAUAUCUUAUCAUAUUUAAAACCAAUUUUGUGUCAUUGUGCACUAUGUAAAUCUGUUCCUUGAUUUUGUUUGAAAGCAAUUUCCUCCUAAAUAUAUCCCUGGUUUGUACAGAACCCUUUUUAGUAUUUCAUCAAAGACAAUUGAUAUAAAUU